UGUGUGGUCGUCACUCCUACUUUUACUUAGUAUCGUGAAACGAGUAUAAGUAACAACAAAAUGGCCGCCAUCUACAUGCGUAUGCUGGGCUAUACCGUGACCUUGACAAUGCAUGGCUUCAACAUGUUCCUGAUGAACAAUCUUCUCCAGGGUCCCGUCAUGGAAGACCCUAACAUUAGGACCUUUAGUGCAAUGUAUAAGAGAUUCUUCACAGUAUGGACUAUGUUCCUCCAAAUCUUCGUGGCGUCGCUAGGUCUGACAUCUGACUAUCUCACGCUAAAGUACUCUAACAAGAAGGAACCCUAUUGGUUGGGGGUUAUGAGGAGCAUGAAGAAUCGUCUUUUCGCUGCUAUACUCUGGCCUACGGUUUUUCUCGUCUCCACCUUCUUCUGGUCGUUGUACCACUACGACCGCAGUCUAAUUUACCCCCUCUUCGCCGACAAGAUCCUCAGCAGCACCGCCAACCAUAUACUCCACACGGCUGUUGUUCCGCUUGUGGUGUGGGAACUAGUUUUCCAACCGAGAAGUGUGCCGAAGAGUCAUGCGGUUAAUGUUGCUAUGUUGACGGUGUAUAUGUCAACUUAUUUUUUUGUAAUGUAUUACACCUACCUAGAGAAAGGCGUUUGGAUGUAUUCUAUAUUCGGCAUCGCAUACGACACUAAUAUUUGCUUCCCGCUCAUUAUAUCCUUCAUUGGAGUUAUGUUAUACAUAUAUUACCACAUGCAGUGGUUUUUAACCCAGAUAGUUUGGCAACCACAGGCCAAAAUUAAAAUGUAAUACAACAGGCAAGAAAAAUUCUCACCCCGUUUUAACAUUGUCUUAAC